UCGUCUCCCUCGUCCUCCUCUCCGUGUUGUUGUUCUCGGUGACGCGACGGAGGUGUAGCCUGACGCGGUCUCUUACGUGUCGGUCUGAAUAAAAGUGGAGCUCCGUAGACCCGGGAGUGACGAAGCGAGUCUGUGUUGAUUUUAAAUGACCAUGGAGGCUGGUGCAGACACACAGCAAAGUGGUGAAACGGCUGUCUCGGAGUCUGAGGCCCAGCAGAUGACCCUGGCCCAGGCAUCCAUAGCAGCAGCCCAGGUGUCCUCCAGUAGUCCCACAGUCACCCUAGUGCAGUUACCCAACGGUCAGACAGUCCAGGUGCACGGUGUGAUCCAAGCGGCCCAGCCCUCUGUCAUCCAGUCCCCACAAGUCCAGACUGUGCAGAUUUCGACUGUUGCUGAAAGCGAGGACUCUCAGGAGUCUGUAGACAGCGUGACAGAUUCUCAGAAGAGGAGAGAGAUCCUGUCCAGACGACCUUCUUAUAGGAAGAUUUUGAACGACUUGUCGUCAGAUGUUCCAGCGGUGCCUCGAAUUGAGGAAGAGAAGUCAGAGGAUGACUCAGCUCCUGCCAUCACCACAGUCACCAUGCCCACUCCCAUCUAUCAGACCAGCAGUGGCCAGUACAUUGCCAUUACCCAGGGUGGGGCCAUCCAGCUGGCCAACAACGGCACAGAUGGAGUGCAGGGCCUGCAGACACUGACCAUGGCCAACGCUGCUGCCGCCCAGCCCGGCGCCACCAUCCUGCAGUACGCCCAGACCAGCGACGGGCAGCAGAUCCUCGUACCCAGCAACCAAGUGGUUGUACAAGCCGCCUCUGGUGAUGUCCAGGCCUAUCAGAUCCGCACAGCCCCCACCAGCGCUAUCACUCCUGGGGUGGUCAUGGCGACCUCGCCUGCACUGGGCACGGGAGGAGGCACGGAGGAAGUCACACGCAAAAGGGAGGUCCGACUUAUGAAAAACAGGGAGGCAGCCCGCGAGUGUCGCAGGAAGAAGAAGGAGUAUGUCAAGUGUCUGGAAAACCGUGUGGCUGUGCUGGAGAACCAGAAUAAAACCCUCAUCGAGGAACUCAAAGCCCUCAAAGACUUGUACUGCCACAAAUCCGAGUAGAAACAUCACCAAACGCCUGCCAGGGGCUCGACAGGUGUCCGUCUGUCCCUAUGUACAGAGACUCAGCACAGAGCCAUGCAUCUGGAUGCCACUCCCCCUUUUCUACUCUUUUGCUUUCUUCUUAUAAAGAAAAACUGCUGAAAAAUCUGUAAAGUGACUCACCAGGAAUAUAAGAAACCACACCACCUCCCACUUCAACGAUUUGAAAUUGUUAUUCUGUUCCCAUCAGUUUUCCCAUCAGCCAUAAAAGGGUGAGGCAGUGUUCAGGACGGAUGUGGAGGGAACGACAACUACACAGGGUCCUUGUGGCGAAGCGCUCGAACAGAUGCUGACGCUGUUCUUGUUUUAAUGCCACCAAAGGGAAGCAUUCCAGUCACUGGUGCCUGGACAAACUGGGCAACAUCACCAGCAACAGGGAACUGCUCAAUUAUUAUCACCACUACCGACGGAACUUUUUACAGACACUUGGAUGGUUUGGAGAGGUUACCUUUGUGUGCAACAUUUGUAAUUGUAACUGCACUCUUGCAUUAACUUCUGUUACCUACUAAUGCUUUGGACUGUAAAUGGGCUGUGUCAUGGACAUUUUAUCUUUUAGCUAUGUUUCGGUUUACUCUGUAUUGCUUGCAUAAUGCCAUAGACUUUUUAAAAAAACUUUCAUUUACUUUGCCUUGAUAAGACAUGAAAAACAAAGCUAACCAUUACAUUGGGUUGUCAUAUGGUUUUCAUGUUAAAUGCAGCUUUAAAAAUACAUUAGAGACGAGUUCAGACAUCUCCAGUGGAACAUUCAUGGUUACUACUCUUCAAGGUUUAUUGGGUCUCUGAUGCAUGUUUCCAAUCAUAUUACUAAGGCUCAUUGUUUUUUUUAUUUCUACCAAUGUAAACAAAAGACAUAUAAAAGGGGCAGCCUAGUUGUUUCCUGCUGCUCACCGUAGUUUACAGUAAACGGGGUCCUCUCGGUGGCAUAACAUGCCUCCAGUGACUGAAAUUGUUGAAACAGAUUUGAAUAAAAUGCACAUGAACUGCUGCUUUUGCACCAGUUCAUGUAAACCAAAAAUAGCUAAACUGCAGUGUUUGUGCUAAAAGUGGUAUCCCCCAUAUUUUUGUAUGAUGGAUUUUUCAAUCCAGUUAUUUUAUUAAAUUAUUUAAGUCACAUAUUCUUUUUGAAUAAAAAAAUAAUGAGCCUUACUUGCAAUGAAAGAAAUACCUUGUCUGCAUAUUUGGUAACAUGAGACAUGUGGUCCAUCUCUGGAAUCAUGGAUUGCCUGCAAUGUCCGCAUGUUGUAGCGUCUUUGAACACGUCCCCACCUUUUUGUUAUUGGGACAGUUUGAACUAUUUCUGUAGAAACAGAAAAAAAGACAAUUCCUGCAGCUGGAGGUAGAUGAGUUUCUGAUAUAAUCUGAAGGUAACAGGGUGUGUCCCAGGCUGUUAAGGCAUCACAACAGGCUGUCUCCAAAUUCUGUUUUACAUGAUUACAAAGUGGCAUGCGCACUUUCCUUGCAUAUACAAUCCUUCCACAUUUCACAUUAACGGGAAAAUCUCACAGCACUCACAGGCAAACCCUGCGGCUGGUGGCUGAGAUGCCGCUAUGACUGUACAUGAAAGUUACACUGCGAACCAGUAAUCGAUUACAAAGUGUCCACAAGUGUUUUGUUUAGUGAUCAUCAAGGCAUCAUUGUGCAUUUGUUCAGACGUUGUUAGCUGUGUGGAGCGCCAAGUACCAACUCCAUUGCACCGAUCAGACACCCUGCAAAAGGAUUGAAAAGUGCAACCAAAUCAAAAACAAUGGCUUCACAGUGACAAAAUGGAUAUUUUCAUGGUAAUGGAAUGCCAUAUUGUAUUAUUUUAGGUAUUAUCAUGACAUAGUAUGCUUUUUUUAUUUUGCUUUUCAUUAAUUUUGUAUUCACAAUUUCUAAGUGUCAGCACCAACUUGUAUAAUACAGUGCAUUAUGUUAGAGCUAUUGAAAUAUUACAUUUUUGGCAGCUGUUAAUAAAUGUGUUUCUGGUAA